AUGAGCAAGGAUUCUGUGGAAUUCAUUCGAAAGCUAGUCGCUUGUCCAGAAUUAACCGAGUCGGACAUAGACGUUGCGCUAACCGCUGCUGGAGUAGACGAACUUCUCCCGGAUGGAAACAGAAAAUUAUCCCAAUUGGGCUUGGCGGCGACCGGGUUCUUGAUUGAUUCCAGCAUUGCCUUUAUUACGUUAUCUCGAGAUUUUACAUCGAAGCUCAAAUCCCGUGUCAACGGUAUCCAACACCGUGCAGACAUUGCAAAGCGUACUGGCAUCGACAAGCACUUGAAAUUUGAUUGUCGGACUGGUGCUCGCUCGUCCGGCGUUCUUGCUAUAGCGACAAGCGCCCUCAUCGGAGCUAUAUACCUCAGGAAAAAAUGUUUCAUGUCCGUGGCCAAGGGACUUUACUCUCUAGGCGUCCUAGACGAGCACCUUGACCAGCUCAACUUAAUGGAAAUAUUCAAAGACGAGCAGAGAAAUCCGCUGCUUUUGCCUUCCUUGGUGGAGAGUGAUUCUGCCCAGACUAGCGAAAUCUGGAGUCAAGAUAUUCCCCCUUGGCCGGAUUUUCCGACCACUCCGGAUCUAGGGGGUUUGUCUAACUAUGAAAGACUUUACAAUGAGAAUGGAUUAUUGAAAGAUAUCCUUCCAGAUGGACUUUCUUUCACCGACUCGCGUUCGCAGUCUCCUUUAGCUGACGACCCAGGCCAACGGGCGUUAGAGAGGCAGGUCCUUGGGAUUUGUCAUCCUAUUGCGUAUCAAGAAAUGCACCAUGGAAGACCCCAUGAGGUAGAAAUCCCGCCUGAACAAGCUGAACAGCAUGCUCUUCCUCGCAGAAUGUACGAUCACCUCUCUAUUAGCGUUGACUUGUACCAGCCAGAUGGCUUCUCAGGCCAGCCCGCGAACCAACGGUCCUCAAGUCAGCAUUUCCCACGCAAGCGAGAAAACGCUAGUGGUAUGGAAGUACAAAAGAGAAAGUCUAGAUGUGUUGAUAUUGAAUUCCGAUCAUCACUGUGUCGAGAAGCUGAAUUGACUCGGGCUCUGGGUUUGCCGCCCCCCGGAGAUACUUAUUUCAGGCCCAAAAUUGAGGACAAGAUACUGAGUCUCGGUUCAGAGAUCUUUUCCAGUCUAAGUACCUUUUUAAUUCUGGUUGGUGGCUCUCAAUCACUUGUUACUCUUCGGGCGGCCCUAAAAUACACGAGAGAGCUGGGGGACCAAGGCCCUAUCGUUCAAAGGCGAAGAUGGGUAUCACGUGAGCUGACCAUUCACGAACGCUUCGAAAUCAUCGGCGAAAUUCAAGACAACGCGGCAUUUCUCCAGAUCUUGCGAUGUAACCAUAUCCUGCAUUUCUACCGAUGCACCUGCAGUCCGGUGGAGCGCACCUCAAAAUUCAUAGAGUUAGCGUCCAAGGAUGAGCUCAUUGGCCAGCCGAGAGCAAGAGGCAAUCCGAGGAAGAUGGAAGUGGCUAAAGUCGUCAACGAAAUGAUGAGGGAUGUUUUCCCAGACCUGGAGCCUAACUCAGCUGUUUACAAGAGCAAGCGCCGAAAAAUGUUGGGAUUUCGAAAAUUUGGACAACGCCUACACAUUCUAGCGGACUGCUUUGGGGAUGCUGUUCUAAGCAUACUUCAUUUCGAUCGGUCCGGUGACGUGGCGGGCCCUGUGAUUAUCGAAAAAAUUAUUCUUGCUCCGUCGGAUGAGGCAUUUGAAACUUUUGUGAAGGUCCUCGAAGAAUCGCAAGGAAGUCUUCUUCGGGAGAUUAGCAAGGCAGCCGAGCAAGCUUUCAAUCAUAUUCUUUAUGAGGAUAUGAAGCGGCAAAAUCUUUUUGCUUUAGAAACACUGGCACCGGAAGAGAUCCUGAAGUUUCCAAAAGGCUCGCAAGAGCUCAGAAAUCUCUUGCAAUAG